AUGAUCCAUCUUACUAUCUACCGCGCCAUUGGAGUAUUUGUGAUGGAUCAUGACGAUAUACGUAGAGUGGCAAGUCUUAUUCUUUAUAUAGGAAUACAUCGUCUUGUUUCAGAAACAAGAAUAGAAAAAAAUCGAGCAAAACAAUGCGUAUUUAAACUACCUUUACCUGAACAACAAGGAAAAUGCUCUACUGAUACGUCAACUUUUGUUAGUCAAUCGGAAUGCAAAGAGUCAUGUCACGCUGACAAUACAUGUCGUGGAUUUACAUAUGGCACUAGCCUGAAUAUAUGUCAGCAACAUGACUGCCCUUCAUCGGAAAAAGAGGGACGUUCGUCUACUAUAUACGUCAGAAAACUAUGCGGAUAUUCUGCGUGUCAGUAUAUAGAAAUUGGUGGUAAUAAAGGAGCCUACAAAACGCAAUUAAACUACUUUGAACUAUGUAUGUCACAAUGUGAAAGUUAUGCCAGCUGCCUCGGAUUCGAAUUAGGAUCCGGAUCCGCUUCUUCCGGCGCAGUAUGCACUACUUACGGUUCUCCAAUUACAACAGAAAUGUCUAGUUCUGGCAGCCGAAUAUUGUUUACAAAGAAAUGUCCAGGUGUAACUUAUUUAAGUCCUUGCAAAUGGACAUCACAUGGGAAUGGAACCAUCGGCGACUGUCUCUUCUAUGACGUCAUUCAUGGUUCUUUAAUGUCGUGCCUUGCUGUGUGUGAUAGCGAAGUGUGGUGUUUGGGGAUUUCUUACUUUGAAGAGUUACACAUGUGUUACCUUUAUCCAUGUAAAAGUAGCGUCCGACAGGAUGAAACCAUGCAGUUUUAUUCACAUCUUUGUCCAGAGCCAAUUACACCCUCUGAUGCAACUCAUCAAGAGUCCACAUCAUCGCAUGACGAUAUAUUGGUUGGUUUAGAAGUCAUGACGUCACUGUAUUUUAAUCAAACAGUCAACACAACAGAAAGUGAGAUGACAGAUUUAUUUUCAAAUCCUGUUCCAACCACAACAGCCCGCACAACAUAUAUAACAUAUAACAACACCGUAUUGUGUUUAUGCAAAUGUAUUGAAAGCAGCAAUGAAACAUAUCCACAAUUUUACAAUCGAAUAAUAGAACCUUUGAAACUCGAUAAAAAACAACUAUCUUCAUACAUUAGGAAAAGGAACUCUGCUAACGAUGACAGAAAAUCGGCCGCCUAUUUUGGUUACGGAGGAAUAUUUGUUCUAGUUACUGCUAUUGUUGUUAUUGUGUUAGCGGAUUUCACACUGUUGUGCAAGAAUAUCAACAAACUACGGAAAAAAGCGUCUAUGUAAUUCA